GCUCUACUCUCACUGCGUGCAAGCAGCAAUCUCUACUGCUCCCCUUCCUCUCACUCUCUCCAUCGCCGCCUAGCUCAUUAGCUAAGCUUUGCGCUUCCAUUUCACCCCCACCAUGCCGCCGCCGCCACGGAGGCUUCCACCGCGCCUCGCCCACCGCCGCUGUGGCAUCGCCGCCGCGUCCACGCUCCUGUUCCUCCUCCUGCUGCUCUCCGCUCCUCCUACCAUCGCCCAGCACCACCGCCACCACGCCACGGGCGACGGCGUGGUGAUCAGCCAGGCCGACUACCAGGGCCUGCAAGCCAUCAAGCACGACCUCUCGGACCCCUACGGCUUCCUGCGCUCCUGGAACGACAGCGGGCUCGCCGCCUGCUCGGGCGCGUGGGCGGGCGUCAAGUGCGUCCUAGGCAGCGUCGUGGCCAUCACGCUCCCCUGGCGCGGCCUCGGCGGCAUGCUCUCCGCGCGCGGCCUCGGCCAGCUCGUCCGCCUCCGCCGCCUCAGCCUCCACGACAACGCCAUCGCGGGCCCCGUCCCGUCCUCGCUCGGCUUCCUGCCGGACCUCCGCGGCGUCUACCUCUUCAACAACCGCUUCUCCGGGACCCUCCCCGCCUCCAUCGGAGGGUGCGUCGCCCUGCAGGCCUUCGACGCCAGCAACAACCGCCUCACGGGCGCGGUCCCCGCCGCCGUCGCCAACUCCACCAGGCUCAUGCGCCUCAACCUCAGCCGGAACGCGCUCUCCGACGCAGUACCCGUCGAGGUCGUCGCCUCCGCCUCGCUCAUGUUCCUCGACCUCUCCUACAACAACCUCUCGGGCCCCAUCCCCGACGCCUUCGCCGGCUCCUACAGCUCGCCUUCGAAGCUGCGCCUCAACAGGGACGCCAUCACCGGGAGCUACCAGCUCGUCUUCCUCAGCCUCGCGCACAACUCCCUCGACGGGCCCAUCCCGGAGUCCCUCACCAAGCUCACCAAGCUGCAGCAGCUCCACCUCUCCGCCAACAGCCUCAACGGCACCAUCCCGGCGCAGCUCGCCGCGCUACCGGACCUCAAGGCGCUGGACCUCUCCGGGAACGCGCUGGCCGGCGAGAUCCCGCCCGGGCUCGACAACCUCACCGCCACGCUCCAGUCCUUCAACGUGUCCUACAACAACCUCUCCGGCGCGGCGCCGCCGUCGCUGGCGCGCAAGUUCGGGGAGCCCGCGUUCACCGGGAACGUCCUCCUCUGCGGCUACUCUGCUUCCACGCCCUGCCCGGCGUCCCCGUCCCCCGCGCCGGCGUCGCCCGCGCAGGAGCCGCCGCGCGGAGGCCGCAAGUUCAGCAGGAAGGCGCUCGUGCUCAUCGUCGCCGGGGUCGUCGUCGGCGUCCUCGUCCUGCUGCUCCUCUGCUGCCUCCUGCUCUGUUUCCUGAGCAGGAACAAGAGGUCUCCCAGCGGUACUGCUGGAACACGGAGCGGGAAGCAGGCGGCCAAGGAGACCGGUGGUGCUGGCGCCGCCGCCGCGGCGGCCGGGCGUGGCGAGAAGCCCGGGUCCGGCGCGGCGGAGGUGGAGUCCGGUGGCGAUGUGGGCGGCAAGCUGGUGCACUUUGAUGGGCCGCUGGCGUUCACGGCCGACGACCUGCUGUGCGCCACUGCCGAGAUCAUGGGGAAGAGCACCUACGGCACGGUGUACAAGGCCACGCUGGAGGACGGCAGCCUGGUGGCCGUCAAGCGGCUCCGGGAGAAGAUCACCAAGGGGCACAAGGAGUUCGAGGCCGAGGCGGCGGUGCUGGGACGGAUCCGCCACCCCAACCUGCUGGCGCUCAGGGCAUACUACCUGGGACCCAAAGGGGAGAAGCUACUCGUCUUCGAUUACAUGCCCAACGGCAGCCUCCACUCGUUCUUGCACGCUCGCGCUCCCAACACGCCGGUGGACUGGGCGACGCGGAUGACGAUCGCCAAGGGCACGGCGCGUGGCUUGGCCUACCUCCACGACGACAUGAGCAUCGUGCACGGCAACCUGACGGCCAGCAACGUGCUCCUGGACGAGCAGCACAGCCCCAGGAUCUCCGACUUCGGGCUGUCGCGGCUGAUGACGACGGCGGCAAACUCAAACGUGCUGGCGGCGGCGGGCGCGCUGGGGUACCGCGCGCCGGAGCUGUCGAAGCUGAAGAAGGCGAGCGGCAAGACGGACGUGUACAGCCUAGGCGUCAUCAUCCUGGAGCUGCUGACGGGCAAGUCCCCCGCGGACAGCACCAACGGCAUGGACCUGCCGCAGUGGGUGGCGUCCAUCGUGAAGGAGGAGUGGACCAGCGAGGUGUUCGACCUGGAGCUGGUGCGCGACGCCGCCGCGGGGACGGCCGCGGACGAGCAGCUCAUGGACACGCUGAAGCUCGCGCUGCACUGCGUCGACCCGGCGCCGGCGGUCAGGCCCGAGGCGCACGAGGUGCUGCGGCAGCUCGAGCAGAUCAGGCCUGGUGGCAGCGAGGGCGGCGCUGGGCCAAGCGAAGAAGGUGGUGGUGGCGCCGCCGCCGCCCAUGUGCCGGCGGCUUCUGCUUCUGCGGGAGACGACGACGAGUAGCAAGCAAGCAGCGCCAGACAGGAAUUUACCAGACAGAAAAAGAAGCAAUGGAGAAAUUAAGAGAGAUAAUAUAUGUAGGAAUUCUUUCAUUUGUUUGUUUCACUGGACGGAUCGGAUUGAUCAUUUUCUUGCGUUCCUAGGUAAUUUCCAGUUUGUAUAGGCAAAUAUUAUUUGCUCUAGAAUCAUCGCUGUAGUGCCCUACGACGGAUGGAAGAGAGGAGAAUACUCCUAGUAUUAAUAAUGCAUUGUUAUUAUUUUUUCU